CUCCGACACUUGCCCAAUUAACAGCCGAGCGCCACCAUUGUUGACGUCAUAUUCAAGAUCAGCAGGCGAGCAUGACAGACGAGGACGGACUGGACGGCGUCUUGGGAGCAGUUAGGAUGGGUCGCUGGCAACUGCUGGUGCUGCUCACCAACGCCCUUAUUUGGUCGGUGCUGGCACCUCACACCAUCGGCACGACGCUUCUGAACGCUCCUGUAGAUUUCAAAUGCUCGUCUCCGGUCACUGGCGUGUUUGACGGUGUUAGCGCUGCAAACAGUCUUGCCAGUACUACACUUCUACCAGACCAAAAUCAAUCCACCAUCGCAACGACUGAUGUCGAUGGGUCGGCAACCAACAGCACCGACAUCGCGUCAUCGAACAGCACGACAAAUGCCAGCAAAUAUUACGACAACGCCUGCCUGUCGUUGCCACCAUUGCAUUUACUGCCUGGUAUCUACCAUACCGACAACAACUCAUGGGCUGUGGAUGAUCACGGUGAACUGCAUCAGUUGGAUGACGGAGAAGAAGAGUUUCUGACAGACGCGGCGACCAGAGGACAGUUGGUGGACUACGCGGUGCCGUCAUGUCCGCACGUCGAGUAUGAUAACUCCACCUUCAUCGUUACCAUAGCGACAGAAUGGAAUUUGAUUUGCGACCGAACUCUGGAGCGACCGCUCUUCCAAAACGCCUACACACUUGGCACGAUGGUCGGCUGCGUCAUUGGUGGUGACAUCGGAGACAGGUACCGUCACUUGGUAGUGACAUCGGAGACAGCUCUGGAGACCUGUCCAGCGCACCUGCGUGGGGCUGUGGGGAUGGGGGUGGGGCUGCCCUAUUCGGUGGGGGUGAUGCUCUUUGGGGGCCUGGGGUAUGUGUUGAGGUCUUGGCGCCAUCUCUACAUGGCUUCCAGCUUCCCCGCCUUCCUCAUGGUCCCUGUCAGCUUUUUACUGGACGAGUCUCCCCGAUGGCUGCUGCAGAAGGGCCGCCUGCAGGACGCUAAGCAGGUCCUCAACAAAGCUGCUAAAGCCAACAGAAGUCAACUGCCGCCGGAAGAAGAACUGGACGCUCUGCUGCAGCAGAUCUCUCAGCAAGAAGCAAAGUCCGAAGAGGAUACGACGAAGGCAGUGUCUCUGAAGGAACGCCUAGCGGGCUGUAUGGCGGAAGUGGGUUCGUUCGUACGCACACCUGCGAUGCGGGUGAUUAGUGUAGUCACCCCCAUCAACUGGGUCUUCAGUGAGAUCAUCUACUACGGGAUCAUCUUCAACGCUAACAACUUUGCGGGCUCCAACCCGUUCAUGUACGUGGUGCUGACGGGCGUGAGUGACGCGGUGGCCAUCAUCAUCGGAGCGCCGGUGUCGAAUUUGAUCGGACGGCGCCUGACGGUCGGUGCAGCGCAGUUCUUGGCCGGCCUCCUUACGAUCUUUGUGCUCGCCGUGCCUGACACGUUGUGGUGGCUGCAGUGGGUGCUGGUCAUGGCAGGCUUCCUCAUGUCAGCAGCUGCCGCUCAGAUUCUGUACGUGUACACACCAGAGCUGUACCCCACCACGCUCCGUGCUCGAGGCUUCGCUUUCUGCAACCUCACGGGAUACGCGGGCGCUUUCUUCGCGCCGUUCAUCCCAGAAGUUCUGGCGAGUCUGGGCUGGUGGGUGACCAACACAAUCCUUGGAUCAGCUGGCAUGCUUGGUGGAAUUAUCAUCCUCCUGCUUCCCGAGACGAACCACAAAGUCCUCUGUGAAACUGUGGAGGAUGUGGAACUCAGAGCACAACAAAAGAAGGAGAAGAGAAAGGAAAAGAAGAAACAACAGUUGAAUGAGAAUAAAAUUACGGCGAAUGACAUAACUCACACGGUGCUGGGCGAAACCUUAAAGAAUGGCACGACCAACCAGAGUUUUGAUUCAAUGGAAGAAGCUCAAGAAAAAGAGUCGGAUGCCAGUAUAGUACGACGACUUGUUUUUGGUGCACCCAUUAACCCAGCACCCAGGCAACUGAGUGACACCAAGCACAGGUCAGUGAGCAGCAGCAUUAACUGCCUGCUUGAAACACCACAAACUCUGUCCACCAAUUCGUUCGGAACGAAAAAUUCUUCUCCUUUCGUCCAGUCUAAGAGAAGAAGAGUUCUUGGUGUUGAUAACGCCGCAUUCAACACAAGUGAAUCUCUAGCACCAAGAGCUUUGAAGGAUGAGAAGUUGCAAAGAUGAUAUGCUAAAUCAAACUACGUACAAACUCAAAGUUUAAAUUCGGCGAUACUAGAAGUACUUUGUACAAAUUUAAAUCAACCAGCUUGAAACUUUCUUUCUUUAACUAUUUGAUCGAUCACAGACAACUUACAUCUGAGAGAAAUUAUUAGUUUUAAUAAGCCUCAGAAAAGUUGGCUAAUUAUAGCAGACGCUGUUGUCAGUAUAUUUUUAGAAUAAUUAAAUUUAGACGAUUUAUAUGUUAAUUUGCAGUCAGUUUAAACGCUUUUGAGUCCACCAAUGGAUAGGCUAGGAGGGCAAUAAUAAUAAAACUAAACAUAAAAAUUUUUUACAAUAUUAAUUACGAUGAAUAAUAAUUGUUGUUUUAACAACUCGUUGAGUAUGCAUUCAUCUCCGACAAAUCAUGAAGAUUAAUUUAACCAUUCUUGUCACUGUGUCGCGCGAAGAUUUACCAUCAUUUGAAUGCAAGAGAAAGAUCACAACGUCUUACAUGCACCAAAAUUUAUCUUCAAUAGGUGCCCGGCCAUCCCGUUUCUUUUUUAUGCUAUUUUAAAAUAUUUCUGUAAACGAAAAUAAAACGCAUCCGUCAUUAGAACUCGGAUUCCUUAACUCUAUAUAAACGCAAAUAAAAUACAUAUAAUCAUAAAUUUUCCCGUUAUUUUGGUAUUCUGAGGGGUAGAAAAAAUAUUGUCAAAUUAUUUUGAACGCUUUUAAGUCGAAGUUUUGAUACAAGUUAUGAUUUAGGAUAUAUUAAAUAUAGUCAGAAGAAACACUGGAAUUGUUGCACAUUGAGAACUAGAAGGUUUGUUGAAAUUGGUGAUAUUUUACACUAUUGUUCACAAUUAUGUUCAAAAUAAAGCUAAAUUUAACCGGUUUAAUAUCAAUUUGAAUUUAUUCCAGCUUUUCUUGUUGCUCUUGAGGUUCUGACAUUCUUUUUAGCUAGAAUAUUUAAGAAUUUAUGUAUGUUUCUUUGUAGUGUGAAUUGAAUAGAUUAGUUCCCAAUAACGAAAGUUUAGAAAUAGAAGCUAAUAAUUUUCAAUUUUGCAAUCAAUUCGGUCUAGGCGAAGG